CAUUCAAGUUAUUUCGGUUACAGUUAUUUUGUUCUUUGCUCGUAUUACAAUGAAAGUGCUGCACAUAGCAACGAACCAGUGAUUCGACUUCUCCAGCCACCCAUGCGUCGAUUCGAAGGAAAAGUUCUUAUCGUGACAGGUUCUUCUUCUGGCAUCGGAGCUGGAACGGCAUUGUUAUUUGCAAAAGAGGGUGCAAGGGUUACCAUCACAUCGAACAAAACUGAGGAACUUGAGGCAACAAGACAAUCCAUAAUCAAAGAUUCCGCAUGUAAAGAAGACGACAUACUUGCAAUACCUGGCGAUAUUCUUGACGAUGUUGUAAAAGAAAAGAUCGUAUCGGAUACCGUAGCUAAAUGGGGCAGAAUCGAUAUACUGGUAAAUAAUGUUGGUGGAAUGUUCGGAUCAUACGGUGGUUUGUUAGGAGACAUUGCUUAUUUGAAGAAAACAAUGGAUCUGAAUAUCUAUAGCGCUGUUCAAAUGGUGGAUUUAUGUUGUCCAUACUUGAUCAAGGCGAAGGGGGAAAUUGUCAACGUCUCUAGCAUUGCCGCUAUGCCGUUCGGGUGGGCACCAACGUGGGCAUAUUAUUCCAUGGCAAAAGCGGCACAGGAUCAGUUAACUCGUGCAUGGGCAAUUGAGCUCAUAGCUGAAGGAGUACGUGUAAAUGCUGUACGACCUGGUGUUACAAAAACUAACUUCGGUGUAACAGCAGGAUUGAAGCCGGGAGCAGCAGAAGAGAUAUACAAAGCUGCUGAAAGCUCACCGGAUACCCUACCUAUUAGAAAAUGCGGAGAACCAGAGGAUAUCGCCAAUCUCAUCGCAUUUUUGGCAGAUCGAAGCCAAUCACGUUACAUGAUUGGCCAAACUGUCACUAUCGAUGGCGGUACCACGCUAGUCAAUUGCUCUGAUGCCACUGCAUUCAAGGAGUAAAAUUCUAAAUGUAGUGUACGGGAUGGAUUUGAAUCAAUAAAUCAAUUCGUUGUUUA